AACUUCUCACAGCUAGUCAAGAUGGAGCAAACUGAAGUAAUGAAACCAGAAACGCUUAACGACUUGAUUAACAUUUUGCACAAACUUUUCGAGGCUGAUGAGAUCAAUGUGGAAGAGGUGCAAGAUAUUAUGGAAUCUUAUGAGAGCAAACCUGAAGAGUGGAUGAAAUAUGCAAAAUUUGACCAGUUCAGGUACACCAGGAAUCUGGUUGAUGAGGGCAAUGGGAAAUUCAACCUUAUGUUACUGUGCUGGGGAGAAGGACACGGCAGCAGUAUCCAUGAUCACACGGACUCCCACUGUUUCAUGAAGCUGCUUCAAGGCCAGCUGAAGGAGACGCUCUUUGAGUGGCCCGACCACAAAUCGCAUGGGGCCAUGGUCCAGAAGUCGCAGCGCAUCUUGCAAGAAAACCAGUGCGCUUACAUAAACGAUUCCAUCGGCCUGCACAGAGUGGAGAACGUGAGUCACACUGAGUGCGCAGUCAGUCUGCAUCUGUACAGUCCCCCAUUCCAGCAGUGUCAGACCUUUGACCAGAGAACAGGACACAAGAACACAGUGAAAAUGACCUUCUGGAGUAAAUUUGGGGCGAGGACUCCAUUUGAAGCAACAGUCUCACAAGAAAACAACUGAGAAACCGAGGACUAAAAACGCACAUGGGUGUACAAAGUCAAAGAAGAUUUGGAAUUGUGAAAUGCAAACAAACGUAUCAACAAAUAUCUUUUUUUUUUUUUUUUUGGCGAAGGACAGUUUGGAGAGGACAUGAUGAUAAUUAAAGGGGCUUAGCCAUGGCACCCAGUGUUAGCUUGGCAAAUGCUGCUGAAUGCAGGCAUACUGUCUGAAUAGCGGUAUUAGGUUUGGCCACGGGAUGAAUCUGGUCUUUGUUCACUAGUUUUGGAGGAGAGAAACCCCUUCCUAACAGCAUUCCUAUGCGCCUGUGACCUGUGUAAUUACACUUUUGUACUGUUGUUAGACUGAAAAUGUUUUUGUUGAAGUGUGUACUUUAUGGAAUGAAACUACAUUUCACACUACCCCCCCCCCCCCCCCCCCCCCCCAACGCCCCUCUGGCCACUUAAAAAAAACUCUUUAUGAUCAGUGUAUUUGGCUUCUUACCAUGGAGCACUUUUUUAAGCUUAAACUAUAAGCGUUUCAAAAUGGCUUUGUCAUUAAAUUUAGCAAUGCAAUUGAUAUGCAUGGCGACAGUAGAAUCUUUAUAGGUGUAAUGUUGUCUUGCUAGAUUAGAAAACGAGACACUUUUUUCUUGUCUUUGUUCAGGGACUUAAUAAGGGUUUUUGAUUGCUGUUUUUAGUUUUACAAAUAACAUUUAUUUAAAACCUGAAUAUGUGUAUCUGAGAGUUUAGUUUUUAGGAGGAAAAUGAUAAUAAUGUAGUCCAUCAGCAUCUUCUCAGGAUUUUGCCUGUUGUUGUAGCUAAAGAGUUAUUUGUAGUUUAUGAUGGAAUGAUUUGAGAAGCUUAUUGAAUAUUGUUGCAUAGUCUUAAAGAAUCUGUGAUCAUGGUACCUUGCUAUGUCAUUGCACCAUUAAACAUUAUUUCUGUACAA